AUGAGCACCACUGUCAGGCAAUACUCGUCCUCCACCUCCCUCAAGGGAGGCUUGGGUGGGCUGGGUGGAGGCUCCAGCAGGCUUUCGUCCUCCGUGCGCCUGGGGGGAGGAGGGUACAGAGCCCCCAGCGUCCACGGAGGCUCUGGCAGCUACUCGGUGUCUUCACGCGUGGUGUCGGGGCUGGGAAGCGGCUACGGGGGCAGCUACUGCAGCAGCGUUGGAGGGGGCCUGGGAGCUGGCUUUGGGGGUAGCUAUGGGUCUGGCUUUGGUGCUGGCUUUGGUGCUGGCUUUGGAGGAGGCUUUGGAGGUGGCGAUGGCAUCCUGCUGGCUGGCGAAAAGGAGACGAUGCAGAACCUCAACGACCGUCUGGCUGCCUACCUGGACAAAGUGCGUGCCCUGGAGGAGGCCAACACCGACCUGGAGGUCAAGAUCAGGGAGUGGUACAAGAAGCAGGGACCUGGUCCGGAGCGUGACUACAGCCCCUACUACAGGACGAUCGAGGAGCUCAGGAACAAGAUUCUUGCUGCAACUGUCGAAAAUGCCAACAUCGUCUUACAGAUUGACAAUGCCAGGCUGGCAGCUGAUGAUUUCAGGACCAAGUUUGAGACGGAGCAGGCUCUGCGCAUGAGCGUGGAGGCCGACAUCAACGGCCUGCGCAGGGUCCUGGAUGAGCUGACCCUGGCCAGAGCUGACCUGGAGAUGCAGAUCGAGAACCUGAAGGAAGAGCUGGCCUACCUCAAGAAGAACCACGAGGAGGAAAUGAACGCCCUGCGCGGGCAGGUGGGCGGCGAGAUCAGCGUGGAGAUGGACGCGGCUCCUGGAAUCGACCUCACCAAGAUCCUGGCUGAGAUGAGGGAGCAGUACGAGAGCCUGGCGGACAAGAACCGCCGUGACGCCGAGCAGUGGUUCUUCAGCAAGACGGAAGAGCUGAACCGGGAGGUGGCCAUCAACACGGAGCAGCUGCAGAGCGGCAAGACGGAGAUCACGGAGCUGCGCCGCACCAUCCAGAGCCUGGAGAUCGACCUGCAGUCCCAGCUCAGCACGAAAGCGGCGCUGGAGGGCACCUUGGCUGACACAGAAGCCCGCUACGGCACCCAGCUGGCCCAGCUGCAGGGGCUGAUCACCAGCGUGGAGGAGCAGCUGGCCGAGCUGCGCUGCGACAUGGAGCGACAGAACCACGAGUACAGGGUCCUCCUGGACGUCAAGUGCCGUCUGGAGCAGGAGAUCGCCACGUACCGCCGGCUGCUGGAGGGCGAGGAUGCCCACAUCUCUUCCCAGUACGCCUCCGCAAUGUCCUCUAACACUGGCAGAGAUGUCAUGACAUCCUCGCGCCAGGUCCGCACGAUCGUUGAGGAGGUGCAGGACGGGAAGGUGGUCUCCUCCCGGGAGCAGGUUGCACUCACCACUCGCUAGGAAGGCAAACAGCUCUGGGGAGCCUCAACCCCGGGCUCCAGAGAAGCAUUGAGCUGAACCUAGUGCUGGUUGAGGCUGCACGUGAUGGGGUUGCGUGGCAGAAAGCAACCCGCUUCAUGCAACUGCUCCUUUCCUGUUUUACCCUAAUUCCAUGCGGGUGCCACCGUGCACUCUGUACACGUUUAAUAAAGCUUUUUAGUUCAUUCCUGCAA